GUCGACGUAAGCGGAACGAAAUAAAACAGUGGUGGCACACGAGGAGGCGACUGGCCCUCGGAACUCGUUCGAGGUGCGUUGAAUCGCGCGGCUCGAUCGAAAGCCCCGCGAAUCGAGGGACUCGGCUCGGCGCGUCGGCUCAUUUUCUCUCGUCUUUCGAGAGGCUUUUUCCGUCGCCGCGCGUGAUCGCCGCCACGGUAUAUAUUUCACCUCGCGACAUCAGGCUCCGCCGACUCUUUAGGAUACUCGUAUUUACUUAUCGAAUAAAGUAAGAAAAGCUCGAAGGAAACGGAUUGGAAUCUGUGUAUUCGUAACUGACAAACCGGAUGUGCGGCUCGAGCUUUUUCCACUGAUCCCCGCGACACACGACACUUUUGUAUUAUUCUCAUUCGUAGUACGUGCGUGCGCGCGCGCCCCUCCAACGAGAGCGCCCCCUUCGCGAUGUGUGCUGCGAAAAAAAAGCGAGCUCUCGAAGAAUUUCGUUCUUUCGGUUUUUAUCGCUAACUUAUCUUGCGGCCAGGAUACCCCGUGGAAUAUUCGUCCGGCUCGCGCGGUCACCAAUCCUCGAUAAACAUGACGGGGGACAGAGGAAACGAGGGGACUCGAUGAACCACGGGGUCGAACGCGCUUGACGAUCUUUAAAUGCCUCGCCAAGGACUCGUCGAGCCUCUGUGUUGUGCUCCUGCGAAGUUAUUUCAUCGUUAGUGCCUAUGUGAGAAACUUUUCUGUGAUUUUGAAGUUUAGACACAUUCCGGCUUUCGUGCGCUCAGAGUUGACGAGAAUGUUCGAAUAUCGGAGAUGAAAGUUGUUUCCAAUGUCGGUGUCUGAAGGGACGAUAAACCGUUCGCCAUUUUUCGUUCGCCUCCCGAUUUAGUUCCUCGAUAAAAAUACGUCCACGCAGCAACGUCCGUUCUCCAGGUUUUAUUAUUAUGUGCUCGUACAAACAUACGUAAAUCCGUGUAUUUGCGUCAAAGACGAUUUUUUGGUGGCAUAACAACCUUUGGAAAAACGCCGAUUCGGAGAGGCUCCGGGGUGCGCGGAGCCAACUCAGCCCCUGUACUCGUGCCUCGCGCGGGUGAGAGUGAGAGUGCGGCGCGGACAUGGCGCUCCUCCGUGCGAUCGUUCGUCGGCCAGUGCCGUACGCCCGAGCUCUUCGAACGUCAACGUCAACGUAAAAGAAACUGAGAAGAAAUCACGGCGAGGAGCCAAAAUGGGAUCCUGCGGAGUGUACUUUAGCCAACUACGGGCGAUGCUCGUAAGGAAUUUACUUCUCAAAAAACGCGAGAAGCGGAAGACCAUAGCGGAAGUCUUUCUACCCCUCUACACCCUGGGGAUACUCAUAGUAGUAAAAGUCCUCAUACCGAAUCCGAAUUAUCCACCGAUGGGAACGCAGAGACAGGACGGUGACAUAUUCGAAUUUUUUAAUGGAUACAAAAACAACACAGUGGCGGUCGUGCCGAACUCGACGGAGACGAUCACUUUCCUCAACGCCAUGAACAAUCUUUGGCUCUCGAUGUGGGACUACCCCGAGAAAUUGCCCUUAAAUUUCAUGGUGCUCGAUACAAAGGACGAUCUCCAGGCCGCCUACUGGCGGGAUCCUUACAGCGUACCAUUAGCAGUUAUUUUCGAGAACCCUCAGCCAAUAACGCAAAGGCUUCUGUACGAAAUACGAACGAACCCGUCGUACACGUCGCCACCUCCACCGACGGAAUUAUUCUCGUCGCCUGUGACGUGUCGCAAGGACACGAGCCACUGGAUGGGGGGUGUUUUAUCAAUCGAGACUGGAGGAUCGUGCCCUGUCAAUAAUUAUUUCUACUCGGGUUUCCUGGCGCUCCAGAUGAUAAUAGACAUCACAAAAAUUCGGCUCGACACAGGGAACGCUGAUAUCACGGUUCCGGAUGUAAAACUAGAAAUGUUUCCGAAGAAAGCUUACACCGCAGAUUGGAUGGUGGCGUUCAGGGUAGUGUUCCCCUUGUACAUGGUCAUGGCGUUGUCCCAAUUCAUCACUUAUCUUCUGAUUUUAAUCGUCGGAGAGAAGGAGAACAAGAUAAAGGAAGGAAUGAAGAUAAUGGGCCUGAAGGAUUCAGUUUUUUGGUUGUCCUGGUUCAUCAUCUACGCGAUCUUCGUAUUUCUGCUCUCGGCUGUAGCAGUUAUUUUGCUCUUCACCCUCCAGAUGUUCCAGCAUACUCAUUUUUUGCCAAUCUUCUUGCUCGUGGUGCUCUACAGCUUUUCUGUAAUAAUGUUCGCCUUCAUGAUCACGCCGUUCUUCGACAAGUCUCGGACUGCCGGGGUUCUCGGAAAUUUUGCAGUCACGAUACUCAGCCUCAUGUACUUCAUUCACGUCUUCGUCGACGAUUCGAGCUCCAUUUCCUUCUGGGUCGUCUCGCUCUUGAGCCCGACUGGAGUCGCCCUCGCUAUGGACAAGGCUCUGGUCGCGGAUCUGCAAGGCGAAGGCGUCAACUUUGACAAUCUUUGGUCCGGUCCAGGAAUGCCUUUCGGUGGGAGCCUCAUCAUGAUGACUCUUGAUAUAUUUCUGUACGCUUUAAUGGCUUAUUAUCUCGACUCGGUCGUACCGAGUGAGUACGGAAUCAAAAGGCCAGCGUGGUUCUGCUUCACCCCUGGAUUUUGGUGCAAGAAGAAAGUCCAGCGACAACAAAUACCUUCGUCGAACGGAGAAUCGAAUUCGUUUAUACCGGAAGAGGAAGCGAACCGCGACGUGGAGCCGGUAGUACGAGAAAUGAAAGGUCGCGAAGCGAUCAGAAUAGUGGAUUUGUACAAGACAUAUCACAAGUGUCGUAAGCCUGAAAUAAAAGCUGUGAAUGGGAUUAAUCUGACGAUAUACGAGGGCCAAAUAACGGCGAUCCUGGGGCACAACGGAGCCGGUAAAACGACGCUCUUCAAUAUCCUCACCGGCUUGACCUCGCCCACUGCAGGAACUGCGUUGAUAUUUGGCUACGACGUUAGGGACUCGAACGACAUGCAGAUGAUAAGGAGCAUGACGGGCGUUUGUCCGCAGCACGAUAUUCUUUUUGACCUUUUAACGCCCCGCGAACACUUGGAAUUCUUUGCGGCUGUCAGAGGAAUCCCGAGGUCGAUGAUUGACAUGGAAGUGAAAAAGACUCUGAAAGACAUCGAUUUGACCGAGAAAGCGAAUACUUUCGCAAAGUAUUUGAGCGGUGGACAAAAGCGGAAGUUGUCGGUCGGCAUAGCGAUUAUCGGGGAUCCGAAAAUCAUAAUCCUCGACGAGCCAACAGCCGGCGUCGAUCCUUACUCGAGGAGGCAAAUGUGGUCGUUCCUGCAGUCGAGGAGACACGGCAAAGUGAUCUUGUUGACGACCCACUUCAUGGACGAGGCUGAUAUCCUGGCGGACAGAAAAGCUGUGAUUAGCAAAGGGAAACUUCGAUGUUGCGGAAGCUCGUUGUUCCUUAAAAAUAAAUUUGGAAUUGGUUAUCACUUAACGCUCGUACUCGAAGGAAACGGACGAAUCCACGCGAUAACUCGCCUCGUAACGUCCCACGUCGCCAAAGCCGAGAAAGCUCGCCGCCACGGUCGCGAAUUGAGCUUCAUACUUCCUCACAACUCGGUGGAGAGUUUUGCUCCUCUCUUCUCGGCGAUUGAGCACGAAAUAAAGACGAGAACGAGCAGACUCGGCAUCAGCAGUUACGGAGUCUCGAUGACCACUCUGGAGGAAGUUUUCUUGCAUCUGGAGAAGGACGACGAAACCGAGUGCACGAUGGAUAAUCUCUCGAAAAAAAUGGUACGAAAUCGUGCACUCAGUAGAUCACUGUCGCUUCAAUCCAAGAGCACUUCUUACCAGAGCCUCCAGAACGAGGGUGCGACUGUUCAACCUGACGGACAGGUCAAAGGAACCGGUGAUUUGCCUGACUGCCUUCACAACGACAAGACUCCGACGAUUCUCGGGCUCGGUUUGGACCCGAUCAAGAUAAGGCCUAACUUUUUCCAGACUCUUUACGCCAUGCUCAGACUCCGCGUGCUCAGGCUAUGCAGAAAUCUUCAAUUGUUGUAUUUCACGAUUGUUGCACCCCUCGCUCUCGUCGUUCUCGGUCUCUACAUGAACAGCAUACAGACCGUUGAUAUAAAGAUGCAAUCGUUGGAGCUGAACAACGACACUUACGGUACGGAAACGAGAAUUCUGUACACGAACAGCUCCGACCGUGACAUAUCGCCUCUGGUGAAUCACAUCAGCAAAAGCGUCGAAACUCUGGUCGAAUACGACGGCAAUACGUCGGCUCUGCUCCACAUGAGUCCGCACAUGGCAGCGUUUAACAUCGACGACUACAAAAGACACAGGAUAAAUCUAACUCUCAUUUACAAUGACACGAUGCAGCACUCGCUACCCAUUUUCAUGAAUAUUCUUUCGAACGCGUAUCACAGGCUUCUUUUGGGAACGAGUACUCAAUACCCGAUCGAGGUGAAAACCCAUCCGUUCCAGCAGACUUCACAGCCCCAGGAAUUCAACAUCGGCAUAGCGAGUUCGUCACUUUUUAUUGGGAUGGAUUUCGUCCUCGUACCGAUUACGUUGGCAGUCGACAUGGUUUACGAUCGUGAGAUAAAAACGAAAAAUCAGCUUCGCGUCAAUGGUCUCUCAUUCCAAAUGUAUUUUCUGACAUACUUCAUCGUCCUCGUUGGCCUGAUGUCGUUUAUAUCUUUGUGCAUCCUCGGUAUAAUAUUUCUCUUCGAUGUGCCCUCCCUCCAAGAAGUUCCGGCACUGCUGACCCUCGGUGGCCUUCUCAUGCUGUACUGCCCCUCGUCAAUACUCUUUUCAACUUGCCUCAGUUACAUAUUCGACAAAAUGGACUCGGCUCAAAGUAUCCUCCCGAAUAUAGCGACGUUUUUCGGUCUCAUACCGUUUAUCCUCGUGAUGAUACUCGACAUGCUCGGACUCGGUGGUACUCUUCAAGGGGGCACGGCGGCAUUUGCUCUCCACGUAGUUUUCUCACUGCUCAAUACCAUGUACGUACCCUACGCUGCUGUCUAUUACGUCGACCGUGUUCAUCUCAUGUGCUCGAUCAACGCCGCCUGCCACCACCUCACCAUGUCCGACUAUUUGACCUCCGAGAUCAUCGUCAUGGCUCUCAGUGUUCUCAUACACUGCCCACUCUGGUUCUUCGUUCUCCUCAUACUCGACAUCAAAAAGAGUGGGGGCAACGUCAGUGACGUUUUCAAAUACUUCCUCCGUAACGGAGGUUCGAUAGGCGAAGAAAUAAUGGAGAAUUCUGACGUGGGGGAGCACGAGGACACGGACGUGAAGAACGAGCGUCAGCGCGUCUUCAAUUUCAUAACUUCGUCCUCGGUGCAAGAGCCGCCGGUCGUGCUGGUGCAGAAUUUGCGAAAAGAGUAUCGUCAGAGCGAGAUUGUCUCGUGCGGCUGUUGUACAAAGAGGGAGGAAGAGCCGAAGCCCGUGAGGAAAUUGGCGGUGAGAAAUUUGUCGUUGGCGGUCGAACCCGGCGAGGUGUUCGGACUCCUCGGCCACAACGGAGCUGGAAAAACAACCACGAUGAAGAUCAUCAUCGCCGAAGAAGCCGCGACCCGCGGCCGCGUCCAAAUCGGCGGUCACAACAUCAAUUCCCACAUGACCGAAGCCUUCAGGCAAAUGGGUUACUGCCCCCAGCACGACGCUCAGUGGAAAAACAUCACCGUGAGAGAGCACCUCGAGUGCUACGCCGCGAUACGCGGCGUCCCCUGGGGCGACAUCGACCGAAUCGUCGACCUUUAUCUCUCCGGCCUCCAGAUUCACGAACACGCUGAUAAACAGAGCCAGGAGUGCUCCGGUGGCACGAGGCGAAAGCUGAGCUUCGCUAUGGCCAUGGUUGGCGGCCCGAAGGUCGUCCUCAUGGAUGAGCCGAGCACGGGCAUGGACCCCAGGUCUAAAAGAUUCUUGUGGGACACCAUACUCGCCAGUUUCCAGGGUGGACGAGGGGCGAUCCUCACGACCCAUUCGAUGGAGGAGGCUGAUGCGCUGUGCUCAAGAGUCGGCAUAAUGGUGAAGGGCGAGCUGAGAUGCUUAGGCUCGACCCAGCACUUGAAGAAUCUGUACGGAGCCGGCUACACGCUCGAGAUGAAACUCCUCGGUGGCGACUGUACCCCGACGACGCCUUCGGGCGACAGAAUAUCGAGCCUGAAGGACUUCGUUGGUGGGAUGUUUCCGGACGCCACUCUUGAGGAGAGCUUCGCUGACAGGCUCGUCUUCGCCGUGCCGCAGCACUCCGUGACAUCGCUCGCGGACUGUUUCACGCAGUUGGAAAAGGCAAAGUUGGAGCUGGACAUCGAGGAGUACAGCUUUAGUCAGACAACCCUCGAGCAGGUGUUCCUGAAGUUUUCGCACUACGACGAGGUGAACAGCGGCGAAUGACGGGCGAAAGAAACAAGUCCUUAGAAUCGUGUCGUGAUAAUAGCCCAUUCCAGGUGACGCGCGGGGCCGCUCUUUUUCGAGCUCUGCGCGUCCAAGCUACGAAUUACGUUACGGUGGAGAAGAGGAAGGGGAAGGGAAGACGGACGAAAAAAAGUGGUGGGGAGGCGGUAGGCAGGAGGCAGGACAAAGGACGCGACGCAAAGCUCGAGAGAGAAGCGACGCGCGAGGAGUGACAGCAGGAAAACCGGAGAGUCCGAGGCUCCUCGUGAUUCCGAAGAGCAGGAAAGUUUCGAGGGACAACAAGAGUGGCCUCUAGUCGUAAAAGAGAGUGGUGAAAUGGGGAAAAAAUGGUCGAGGGACCAGGAGAAGGAAGUGUGUUCCAAUACCGAUACUUAAAGAAUUAUUCAUUAACUCGAUAUGUGCUCUGGCCGUAGUGCGAUCAUAUUUCAAUAACAAACCCCACUAUCGAUAAACAAAGCGCUCGUUUCCGGUCUUUUGUUAUUUGUCCAUCGGGAUUCGAGGCUGUAGGAAUCUUAGGACGAUUCGUCGAACGAAAAUAAACUGAAAAUUCAUUGUCGAACUUUGAAAAGACAAUUUUUGAGGUUAGUACCGAAAGGGAAGAGCAACGAGGGGGGCGAUAAUCGUGGACCCGAGCCUGCGACGAGUUCACUUUUUCGGGCUGUUCCAUACGGGCCGGAAGGCUUGAAAAUUAUUUUUUUAAACUCUCCAAUGAAUGAGAAAAUUCGUCGGGAAAUCGAAUAAGAUUAAAACGCGAUAAACUUCGGUCACUCGACACUCUUGCUCUCGGGGGAAGUCAAUUUUUUGAGCCGCUGAUCGUCAUCGUUUUGAAAUAAUUCUGAGUGUCUUUCGAAAUUUGCUUGAGUUUGACAAUCCGCCGAAAAACACGACACGAAAUUGUUUAUUGCAUUGCUCUCGUUAAUCGCGAGUGUUUUCGAGGCGUUGAGCUUUCGCGAUUAUGAGCCAAUAAUUACGAAAUAUUUUUUCGGUUCUCGUCAAUAACGACUCGUCUCCGAGGGUCCAUCAGAGCAGCUGUUCCGAAGAUAACGCGGAGAAUUUGGUCGAGCGUGGAGACAAAACCUGAGGGGAAAACACGAUUUUCGAACCGUCGAAAUCGAACUUUGAUGUGCCUCGUUCGUGUCACAAUUUUAACGCGAUGCGCCACACGACUCGAGUGGUGCGAGAAACCUUCUGAUUUUUUCCCGUGAGACUAAGAAAUAAACAAUUUUUAAAAAAUAAGUGAAGAAAAUGGUUAAUAAACGCGUGAAAAUGUCCGGUCGAGAGCUUUAUAUAAAUAAUCGGGCGUGACGAAUUUACAAAUGGGCGCGACUGAGUUAAGAGUUACGCGAGAAAAGCUCGAAGGAAAGAAAAGAAAAUGAGUCGAAUAAGUAUUAUGUCCGAUAAGAAUCACGUGAGGAACGAUAUCGAAGAGAAACUUGAAAAAAAUUACCGUUCGAAGACCCUCGCGACUCAACAUCAAUCAUUUUCCCCUCUCCUUUGUGAAUAUAUGCAAAAAAACAACAAACGCGACCCAACACGCCGCAACAUUAAUUAAUUGAAAUACACCAAUUUCCAAUGUACAAAAUUGACACGGUAGAAAUAUUGCAUCUAUGAAUAUAGUGAUUUCCUCAAUCUCGCUUCGUAAUCUCGAUUUAAGAAAAUUCUCGGAUUAUAACUAGAAAAAAAACACGCGGGCGUUGGAUGAAAAAAAAAUUAAGGAAGAAGAUGCGAAGAAAAACGACCGUGAGAGACGAGAAAUAUCUCGCACGGAUUCGCAUUCGAAAAUUCAACGUUUCUCCGUUGAAUUUUUCUUCGAGUUUGUUAUUUCCAGUACGAAAAGAAACGAUGAUAAUCGAUCGUAAAAUCCUCGCCGAAUAUUCGUUGAUUCGUGUCAUUAUUCGAAUGCCUCGCGCACACAAACGAAUCUUACGGAAUUUUAUAACCUCAAAUUCGAGUCAUUAUUUGACCGUUUAUCGUUUUAUAUUGAAUAAAGUUGGGGAAACUGUUUGACAGGCUAGAAAAAAUUGAUGGAAAACAUUGCUGUGCGCAUGUGUUACGUUAAAGUGAGCAAACGAUUAUCCGGGGAUUUGCAGAAUUAUUCGAAAAGCGAACUCGUAUUAUCCAAACAGCUCGCAUUAGUUCAUCACGAACACUCAAAUAUUCGGACGCCCUCAACGGAAGAACGUCGACUUUUUGAACUAAUCAUCGCUCGGAUAUCGUCGCGACGGAAUAAUUAUCAGUAUUAAAUAAUUGUUUUUUUUUACACAAGAAUAUUCGUAACCGAAGGAAAAAACACGAGUUUCGGCGAAAAAAGAAAAACAAUGUCGAAUUAUUGUCGAGCGACGAUCGUCCGAGUGAUUUUGUUGUGUGAUGAAAAAUACGGUCGAGAGCGCCCAGUUCGGAGAAUCUCGUGAAGUUCGUUGCGGCGACGCGACAUCUCGAGUCGUAAACACAACAGAGGACUGAACGAAACAUUUUUGUAGCUCGAUGAAUUUAGCUAGUUAAAUGAAAAGAAAAAAUUUUAAAAACACACAAAAAAACAAAAAGAAUUAAUGAACAACACAAAAAAAGAGAAACUUUGUCACAAAUGAGAAUAAAAAGCAAGUUUUUUGUAAAUACGAUGUUACUAAGAUUGACAACAACCAACAAAACAGAAAAUCACAUUAUAUUAUACAAAUAAAUAUAAAUAUUACAAUUAUUCGAGAGAAAGAACUUAAAUGAAAAGGGGGAAAAGCGGUGGGAGAAGUGAAGGAAAAAAAAACCACACGACUUAGGUACACCGGCGUUGUGUGCGCACGCGCAAUUCUGCGAUUAGAUAAAACGAAAUAAAAGAGUGCGCGCAUGAGAUCUCUCUAGCUAAUUUAAACGUAAUAUAAAAUUUAGUCAAUUACGAAAAAUUACAAUUGCGAAAAAGAAAAGGUUAGGAGUGGGGGAGGGGAAGGUGGGAAGUGUCAAGAAUGGAUUAUGGACGCUUGAGCAGGAUGAACGUGUUAACCGAUGCGAGUUUGUCAACAAAAUAAUGAGUAGUAACGAAGAAAAAAAGCAAGGAGGAGGAGAAAAAAAGCAGAACGAGAAAUCGUCGUGAAACUGUAAAUGAUUUUUCUUAAGACUAUCGAAGCAAUGUUUUUUGUGAAUAAAAUACAGUUUUCCGUUUAUCA